AUGUUAUUCAAGUCUCUCGUUACUUUUACUGUUUUAGCCCAAGCUUUGGCUGCUCCAUUGGCUCAACACCAACACCAUCAACACAAAGAAGAAAAAAGAGCCGUUCAAGUCGUCACCAAGACUAACGUUGUUACCGUUGUCUUAGGUAACGGUGAACAAACCACCACUUUUGCUGCCCCAACCGUUUCUGUUGCCAACACCGUCAGCGUUGAAGAAGAAACUCACGUUCCUCAAGUUCAACCAACUACCACUGCUGAACAACAAACCGAACAAGAAACCACUACUGCUUCUCCAGCCAGUACUGGUUCUUCUUCCACCGAUUCCGUUGACACUGGUUCUGCCGGUGCCAAGGGUGUCACUUACUCUCCAUACAGUGACGAUGGUGGUUGUAAAUCUGCUUCUCAAAUUGCCAGUGAAGUUUCUGCUUUGUCCGGUUACAGCAUCAUCCGUUUAUACGGUGUUGAUUGUGACCAAGUUGCUCAAGUCUUGAAAGCUAAAACUUCUAGCCAAAAGAUUUUCGCUGGUAUUUACGAUGUCUCUGACAUUUCUGGUGGUGUUGAAACCUUGGCUUCUGCCGUCAAAUCUUACGGUUCUUGGGAUGAUAUCUACACUGUUUCUAUUGGUAACGAAUUGGUUAACGCUGGUUCUGCUACUCCAUCUCAAAUUGGUACUUAUGUUUCUGAAGGUAGAUCUGCCUUGAAAUCUGCUGGUUACACUGGUUCCGUUGUCUCCGUUGAUACUUUUAUUGCCGUUAUUAACAACCCAGACUUGUGUCAAUACUCUGACUACAUGGCUGUUAAUGCUCACGCUUUCUUUGAUGGUCAAAUUGCUGCUGCUGAUGCUGGUUCUUGGGUUUUGCAACAAAUCCAAAGAGUCUGGACUGCUUGUGGUGGUGAAAAGAAUGUUUUGAUCACUGAAACUGGUUGGCCACACAAAGGUGACACCAACGGUGUUGCCGUCCCAUCCAAAGCAAACCAACAAUCUGCCAUCUCUUCUAUUAAAUCUACCUGUGGUGACUCUUCCAUCAUCUUCACUGCUUACGAUGACUUAUGGAAGACUGACUCUGGUUCUACUUUCAAUGCUGAAAAAUACUGGGGUAUUCUUUCCAGUUAA